AUGUCCGGCGGCAGGAUUAAUCGCCGCACCCGUGCCGCCAAGUUGGCGGCACGGACUAUGGAAAUUAAAGAACAAUCCGAAAUAUUCAUCGAAAAGGGCGAUGACUUUGUCUUUGAUCACAUAAAACUCAUUCUAGAAGAGAAUGGCAAAUAUUUUCACGCUGAAAUCAAGCAUCGUCUGUCUCCUUCGCUCGUAAUCGAUGUCGAUACGUUACGUCCGGUACCUAUUCGAGACUUUUGGCCGCCGUUUGACCGAUCUUUAACGCGAGUUCCGAAUACGCUGUCAAAGGAUUAUUAUAUAAAGCGACCGACUCUGUUAUAUUACAAGGAUGACCAAGCACAAGACCUGAGCACACAAAUUCUUGACGAAGCAAACGUAUGCGAAAUUCUACGAAAUAAUCCGCAUCCCAAUAUUGCUGAAUACUUGGGAUGCAUCGAGGAAAAUGGUCGCAUAAAAGGCUUAUGUUUUGUUAAAUAUGCAACGGACCUCAUUCAAAGGGUGCAGACUGGGAGAACUCUGGAUAUAGAUUUCUAUAUUCAAAGCAUCGAGAGUGGAAUACGUCACCUACACCGAUUGGGGCUCAUUCACAACGAUAUAAACCCCAGAAAUAUUAUGAUCAGUGAAGAUGAUAGACCUAUUAUCAUCGACUUUGACUCAUGCAAACCAGAGGGAGAAGAACUUGGGAAGCCAGGUACUCCUGGGUGGGUUAUCGAAAGCGCAGAAUACGCUAGGCAGGAGAAUGACUUCUUUGGUCUUUCCAUGAUCAAAAAGUACUUGAUGGACAAUUGCGCCUAG